GCCGUGCUUACGUACAACUCAGAUAAGAUACACUUCCACCCACUCAAAUAACGUUGUUUCCCUAAAUUACACGAUUUUAAUAAACAUUUAACCAUUUAAUUGUGAGUUUUAAUUAAUUCAAAAUAAAGUUCAAUAUAUUUGUGAAGGAUGUGAAAGUUCUUGUGGCAAUAGGGAAGUGAAUUAAAGUCAUAUGUUGUCUUCGUGUUAAAAUGGAGGAACUUCUCCAGGACAUUUAUAAGGAAGCAUCUGGAGUGAAGUUUACAGGUCUUAGGAAAUCAUGUCAGGAUGCCCUAGAAUUACUAUGCAUGCAAGAGAACAACGUGCGUCGUGCGUCGUACGAGCUUCGGCGAGCGUGCCUCCUGCCGCUGCAGACGGCGCUGGAGACCAAGCGUCCGCGCCUCGUAACGUACGCCCUGCAGGGGUUCCAUAAAAUACUCCGAGAUGACAGAUUUCACCGAGGAAUUGAGCCGGAAGAUGACUCCCUGUGGAUGCCUUCACAACUUCUCUGCGCUACCGCAUCUGUCAUGUAUCAGUUGCCAGAUACGCAGGAUAAAGCGUAUGCUAUUGGUUGUGUACAGGUACAAAUCUUCCGCAUGUACUUGUCCCUGGCCCUGUCCCCGCGACGUACUCUGAACGGUCGCCUGUGCGUGUGGGCGUGCGGGCGGUGCGGGGAGGCGGCGGCCGCGCCCGCGCACGUGGCGGCCGCCGCGCGCGCCGCCGCCGCGCAGGCAUUGAGGGCAUACUGCGCACAACUAGAUGAAGAGUGCCAAGAACUGCUCUCAGAGGGAUCUCCACUGGGCAGGAACCACAUCGUGGCCGUGGGAUGCUACAGUGAAGUGAUUCCUGUCAUACAGUACCUAUGCAGCCGGCUAUCUGAAACUCAACUGUCUCCCAAACAGAAUCCUCUAGCACUAUUCUUCUUAGACUGCCUAUUGACUCUGAUGUCAAGUCUAUCGGAGCGAGUGAGCGGCAACUCCCACUUCACAACGUUCCUCUGGCAGAAGUUCUGUCCGGCUCUCAUCUCCUUUCUCGGAACUCCUCGCGUGGACAAGAAUAUUAAGUCAAGAGAACAUGAAGGGCAUUUGGUGGAUGACUCCGGUCGAGGAUCUGGCGCCUUGAACUCCGCACCCAGCUUUAACAGCAAACAGGCUAAAGCUAUUUACAGUAUUGCCAACCAGCUGGUGCGCCUAGUAGGGUCCACCUCAAACCUCCGCCCAGUGUUAGAGGCUCUCUACCACCGAAUGCUCCUGUACCCUCCAGUCUCCCACCGAGUGGAACCUCUGCGGAGUACCAGGGAAAUGCUGCAGAACCCCAAGAGGCUGUGCCAGUUGAUCCUGCUAAAGAAAGUAGACCACCAUGAGAGGCACAGUGAUGAUAUGGCGAUUAUAAGAUUAAUAAUGGACGGCAUAGAAGAAUGCGGUAGAAGUGGAAAUCCAGACGUAGUGGCUGCGGCAGUGGAAUGCGUAGUAUCGUUACUGGAUGCACUAGAGAAGCUGUGCUCUGGAACCACUGAGUAUAUUACUCCAGAGAUAGCCACCCUCAUACUGAGCCACUGGCAGAAACUACAGGACGCUGACUAUACUGGACCUUUGACUUAUCAGACGUUGGCUAGAUUGCCAAGCCCGUAUAGAGAUGUGGUGGCAGUGUUACAAAGUACUGAAUCAAAGGAACAUGAUUCAUCAGACACCUCAGGCCCCGAGAACAUAAGCUCCGGCAGUGAGGGCGAGGCAGACUCUGACGCGGACAACGUGUUCCUGCCAGCUCGAGCCAGUCUGCCCACAGGAGAUACUAGCACACACGCACAGAUUAAACCUAAAGCUGUGCCUAAGACAUUGAACCUUGGCAGAUGCACCAUAACAGAAUGUAACGUGGACUUGGAGAGGCACAACGCGCGACAGUUCAUCAAAACGCUACAGAACUCACUUCUGCCGAAACUGCUGAAUCUCCGCACUUGUAUCGAGGUGGACGAAGCAAUGCAAGAGUUUGCAUCAAAGUGUUGCCAGCACAAUGCCGCCCAGCCCCCCGCGACGGCGUGCAUCAUGAACGCGGACGGAGUCUACCUCGCCACAUACGCCGCGCUACUGCUCACUCUCAAACAACGGAGGACUAAUUACUAUAACCAACCCAGUAAAGUGCAAGUAUCUCUAACGGAAGAUGAGUUUGUAGAAGAAGUACAAGGCAGUGGUGUCCUUGUAUACUUGUCGGCGACGUGGCUAAGGGAACUCUACCAACAAGUGCUUGCUACUGAUCUACUGCAGGAUGUGCCUACUAGUGAUCAUCCAUUACUGCACUUAUUAUCAGAUCUCGGUGGCUUGGACCAAAGCCCAGUGAUGUCAGACUGGCAGAAACUGAAGGAGGUCUCGUGUUUCACCAACAACACGGUCGAGUCUCCACAACAUGACGCUAGCUUGCGAUGGGCGAGAAGAAUUUUAACAUGUAUUUGGGACUCCAUGGUGACAGUAUUAAGUGUACCUCUAACCGGAUAUGGGAACAAGAAGCAGAAACUGCAUGGCAUGAUAUCAAAGAAAAUUAACACAUUCGGGAAGAGAAAGCGAAUAGCUUGGGAGGGGCUGACGAUACAGUGUCUUGAAGGACUGCAUAAGGCCGCCAGAAUAAGUAAUACUCUGAGCCUACAAAAUCGAUGCAGCAGUAUACUGGCUCUAUUGGCAAACUCUGCCAUCUCACAGCCUCCAAACGGGAAGAUAUUGUCCACACACGCUCUGUCCUUGGAUAUACUCAUUACAGGUGGUCUAGAACUGGGAUCCAAAGCCCCAGAAUGUUGGGAGCAUAUAUUCGCAGCGUGUCAAUACGUGUCCAGCUUCGAACACUCUUUGUUCGGACAUCAAGGAAACAAUGCUACCCCUAUAGUCACCAUGCAGACUGGUAGAAAUAAAACCGUAUCUAUACUACAAGCUGAUGCUAAACUGGGGUUGGAUGGCAAAGAUGAUGAAACUUGUGUGGAUGUGUUCAAUUUCUUGCAACCAGUGUUAGAAAGCAACGUAAACAACGACAUGUCGGUUGCGAAAAUUGUUGAAGCGUGCAGACAAGAGACCGUAGCUACCGUACCGUACAGGUACCGUAGUCGAAAAUUGUCUGAGGGGUCAGUUAUUAUGUGUAAAGAUCCCUUAACGGCACCACCCUAUGGAGACCGACGUGUCUCCUUAGUCGUAACUACGGUCUUAACAAAAGCGGUCGUGGUCAUGUCGACCGUCCCUCACAGUUCUACAGACUUUGUAAGAGGCCUGCGCCUCGUCGUAAAACACACACGAUUUCUUUUGCCCUCGACUUUUCCUUAUACUACCAGCCUCGAUGGAACCAUCGAGUCGUCUUUUGGGGGUGGCAACGUGAUAAGUGGAGCGAGCGCGGCCCGUGUAUGCUGCGCACUGGGCGGCGCGGCGGACGCGCUGUACUCGCGCCUGGCCGCCACCACCACGCUGCCCGCACUGCGCGCCGCGCUGCAGAGACUCGUGGCGCACCAUCACCGACUGUUAUUUUGCUCGUGGGAAUCAGACGUGGCUAACAAUAACGUGUGGUGGUGGCGUCGGGGGCCGGGUACUAGCGGUGGUAAGGGCGCGGGGGCAGGUGGUGCGGGGGGCGAGGCGGCGCGGGCUCUAUGCCGCGCGGGGGACGUGGCGCUGCGCUGUCUCAGGGCGGCCCGCCCACUCGCGCACCGCAUGGCGAUAUGGACCGUUGUAGGACCACAUUUUAUGCAGGCGGCCUGCCACAAAGACAUCCAGAUUGCGAGCUUAGCAAUUCAGUGUCUGCACGACUGUGCCACUGCACUCCUAAACCAGCAAGUAGAACUACCACAUUUCCACUUCAACGAGGCAUUGCUGAAACCUUUCGAGAACCUUCUCUGCUUGGAGCUGUGUGAUGAUGAUAUCCAGGAACAAAUCAUAUCCUGCAUCUGCGAAUUCGUGGAGACCAACAGAAUGGAAAUAAGAUCUGGUUGGCGGCCUCUAUUCAAUACUCUACGAGCGGCUAACAACUCUAACCAAUACUCCGCAAUUUUGGAAAUAUUCAAAGUAUUCCUCAGCACAGACAACACGCUUGUGUUCGCGAAUGCCGCUCUAGACUGCAUACUGUGCCUUCUAAGUCAUAUCAAAGGGCUGCACUACGAAGAAGUGCAAGCCACCGAAGUAAAACCAAAGAAAGUGACCACACCCACCCAAACUAAACCUAGUCUUAGCCUAAAAUUCUCAAAGAAUAGCAAAUUCAUUCCCCUCAGUGAAGAGAAAUCUGAGAAAGUGAUCGUAGACAUGUGCCGGGAGGCAUUAUAUCACUUGGAAAGUUGCGCUGAUAUUCUAACAAUGAUGUACAAUAUGCCAAAAUGUCCGAUAUUCAACACCGGUAAUAGGAUCAAAGGGGACAUGCCACUAUGUGUUGUAGACCCCAUAAUACCCAGCGCGUCUCUUGAUAUCACUAAGUUCAUUUCUAAUGAACAUUACGAAGAAGAUCUCAUUUCAUAUCGAAAAUUAUCCACAAGUCUUCCACCUUCGAAUACGACCAAUAACUGUCUUUUGAAACUCGAUAAGCCGAGCAACAUACUGAAAGUAUGGUACGUCCUCAUCGAAGGCUUGAUCUCGGCUACAGUCGUUUGUUCUAAGAAGAAUCAACCUGCUGCUAUGGAGACAUUGUUUAAGUUACUAAGGAACACGGUAGAAGUUCCCGGAACACAUUUUGGCUUGCACUGCAUAAACCAUCUUCUUUUACCCACAGUUCAGAACUGGCUCCGGCAAAUAGCAAAUGUGAAUACUCAUUGGGACAGUGUGAUGCCAAACUUUAAACAGUGUUGCGGCAUGACCACUGAUACUAUUGUCGUAUACUUGCAUCAUCUGCAGCAAAUAAAUGUAGAGAGGUCGACAGUCGACGAAAAGAAUGAACCAGUAGAGAUUGAGCCAAUUGAGAGCGUAGAAGCAACGUUUGCCUUGAAACAAGUAAUGCUUAUUUUGGUAGAAUGUAUCGCUCAACCUCAGGAACCAAUCGCGAGGUUAGGCGCUUCGUGUAUAAGACAUAUAAUUUUAACGUCUGGUCAUUUACUGACAGACAAUCAAUGGGAAAUUGUCUGUACCAGUCUGCACAGAGCUUGUAACGUUAGUUUAACUCCACUUAAACAACUAACUUAUGCCUUCAAAGAAAACUCGAAUAGUUUUUAUGGAGAUUUAGCCAUGGUAAAAGUAGCUGCGCGAAGAGAUUGUUCAGUAAACGAUAACGUGAGACUGCACGCAAUGGCGCAACAAGUGUUCCUAACUGAACAACUGAAAGGUGACGGACACGUCAAAAUAACUCCAAAGAAUUCCUCGCAGAACCUAAUGCUAAUUGAUGAUCGGAGUUACAUAUUCCUGAUCUAUCUCCAAGAGUCCAUUAAUUCUUUGAAUCCAGACCUGUAUACAGUUAGAAUACCUCAUAGAGGACUGGUGGUGGGAUUGUUGGCCCAUCAGAUUCUGGUUCAGAUAAUUGCUACGGUUCUGAUUCAAGCGUCAUCAGAUGUCUUCCAAGGAAUCAACAGUAUCUUGAUAGAUAGUCUCAAAACCGGUUCGAAUGUAUGCAACUACAAAUUCUUCUUGAACAGUGACAACAUAGGUUUGUUGUUGCGAAGUUUGGAGUUAUCAUUUACGAGAGCCAUGCAAUUUGACUCGAGGCCAGGAUUGAAGUUUCUCGUACAAAAAGUGUCUAAUUUGGAUCACGCUGCCAACUUGUAUAAGCAAACUACUUCUUCAUGGCUGAUAAAAAUAAUUGCGUUAACUGAGAUAUUCUUCAAUGGCGUUCAUAAAUUUAAACUGAAGUCAACAGAUUUAUCGAUAAUAUUGCAUAAUUACACGACGUCUUUAAAUUUGACCAUGGAAUAUGAUCAGUUUGUCACAAAGAUAUUCGAUCUGAAGCAUACAUGGGAGCUAUUGUGUCACAAUUAUGUGAAGCACCUGAUAAGUGUUUCAGAUUUUGAUAACAACGAUAUAAAAGAGAGAAUGUCUUGCAGUUCGGUAGAAAGUGACAACUCUUCGAAUCAUUACGAUCAGUACUACGCUCAGGAUCCAAAUGACAAUACUGACGAGCCGGUGAUAAAUAAAGAACAAAACUCACCAGAGAAAAUAAUUGAAAAGCCAAAGCCGUUCACGUUUGCUGAUUUCAAAGCAAACAGUCAAGGAUCUAUCACUGUAGAGAUACACACAGAAAAUAUACCAUCGAAUAAGAAGAUAAAAGAAGACACAAUUGCUAAUGAAAGUAAUAUAGAUAGCGACCAGCAUUCGACUGCGAGCAGCGAAGCUAAUGACGAUAAACACACAAAUGGUCACAUGCCACAAGAAAUUGAGAUACACAAGGAGACUCCUAUAAAAGAAAAGAAAGGCAGUAUACCAGAUAUUAUAGAGAACCACAGUAUAGAUAAUACACGGAAACUAAACCUUUCUAUUUGCGACACGGUGUCGUAUGAGAAGGUGAAGGUGGCUGAACCAAUACUGCCACCGCAACCGGUGCCGCCUGAAAUUGAACAACAACGAGCUUUGAGUAUUAGCAAGGACACUGAAGUGCAACGAAACUGCUUCCAAAACAUUUUAAUGGCAUAUCUCGAAUUGGUCUUGACGUUUUCCCUGGAAAGAUUCCAACUGAUCCACCCAGUACUGCAAAGUGGAUUCGUGCAACUCGCCAAAACUGUCACCGACCCACAACUACUCGAUAGAAUCAAUAUAUUUUUCGAUAAAAAAGACUUAUCUGAACUUAACUAUAAGUGAUCAAUUAAUUGUGAUAUAUAAAAUUCACACUAUGAUUAUUAUAUUCCUCGAUUGUUCGGUGUUAUGUGAAAAUAAAGUCAUAUUAUAAUGUGAUCAUUAUUUAUUUGUGUUAUCCCA